AUGGUAAUCGUCGAGGGCGGAAGUAAAUCAGCGCUACAACCGGUAAUUAUCGACACUGACAUCGGCUCUGACAUUGACGACAGUUUCGCCAUUGCGCUCGCUCUCCAGAGCUCAGAGCUCCUGGACGUGCAGCUGAUCGUUACGUGCACCGACGACACGACCGCCCGCGCAAAGAUCGCCGCGAAGCUGCUGACGAUUGCCGGACAGGACAGCGUCCCGAUUGGAAUCGGACAGGCCAACGCCAACGAAACUGUUCACACGCUGUGGGGCUGGGCGCAGGACUUUAACCUGUCCGAGUAUAAGGGAGGAGUGUACGAAGAUGGGGUCGACCAGAUGGCAAAGAUCAUUCUGGCUUCAGAGACAGUGGUGGAUAUCAUUGCCAUUGGGCCAAUGACCAAUUUCCCCCUCCUCCUGCAGAAAUAUCCCGGGGUGGUGAAGAAUGCUCGGAUCAGAGCAAUGGCCGGCUCCAUAUACCGAGGCUAUGACAACUCUACAACACCGGCAAGAGAGUACAACGUCAUGAUGUGCCCCUACUGUAUGGAGCUGUUGCUCCAGGCUGGCUGGAACGUGAGCGUAACUCCACUGGACACAUGUGGCACCACCACACUACCUCCACAGUACUCCGACCUCUUUAUUGCAGCCUCAAAUAGCUGGAGCCUUGCCCUGAGCUCAUCUCUUCUCUACUUCUGCACUGUCCUCCAAUGCAAUCUAAACGAGGCCACCAGCCCUCUGUACGAUACUGUGGCCACCCUACUCACACUCCCUAAUGCCGGGAACUUCAUCGAUUUAAAGAUGCUAAAUCUCAGAGUCACUAGCGAUGGAUAUACAGUGAUAGAUGACAGGGAAGGCACCCCAACCCAGGUCGCUCUCUACUGGAACAAAGACCUUGUUGGCCUAAACCAGUACAGGAUGUUUUUGGUCAGCGCUCUAAGUGCAUAG